ACGGCCGCCGCUUCCGGCGCGACCAUUUUGUUUUUCACGGCUCGCCAAGGGUACCUGUGUCCCGUUGCGGUGGGGCUCAGCUCCUCUUGUCAGCAUGUUCCCUGUGGCCAGGGCCGCUCUAAACCUCGCCGCUCAUAGCAUUCAGCGUACUGCAGUAAGACAAGCUCAUCGCAAAUACGAGCCUGACUUCCAUGAUAAAUAUGGAAACCUGGUACUACUUGGUGGAGCUGCAGUUUUCACUGUUGUCUGGGGAUACGCACUUACACAAAUAGGAAUAGAGUGGGGCUUGUCACCUGUUGGCAGAGUCACUCCAAAAGAAUGGAGGGAGUAACAGCCUUUGCUUAUAAUUAACUGGUCUACACUUUCACUGAAAAAAAUGAUAUUGUAAUGGUGUUUGUUCUGUGAUUGCCACUUGCUCAGUGGCAUUCCUGGUCUAAUAAAUACACCUAAA